AUGGAUUUGAUUCCACCGUCAUAUGAGUCGGCAACAGACCGGGAUGCAUGGGUCAUCAUCGCCCGUUAUAUCCCCUCCAGCGACCUCUGUGCUGCCUCAUUAGUAUGCCAUCGAUGGCACGAUCUAUUUAUGCCUUUUCUGUGGGGAAGUCCAGCAUCUCAUUUUGGCACAGAAAAUGAUGCUGUUUAUGUGGCUCUCACAAGGUUUCGAAGAACCCUGAAGUAUGCGAGACGAGAAGUGCGCGCAUUAACACAUACACUUCAUCUCCCGCCCGCACUAUCGGAGAUCUAUGAUGGCCCCCGGCCAACAUGGCUAAGAGAUAUCCUGGAGUAUCUACCUUGUCUGCAGUCGCUUAUGGUCUCACGGCUACCCUUCUUCGAUCACAAUUGCAUGGUUGCACUGAGAAACUCGCAACGGCCGACUCAAUAUAAUAUCCGUCUAUUGUUGGCGGACCAUGAGCCGAACGCUACUUCUUCGGGUCUAGCAGAAGCUCUUCUUCGAUUUCCCCUAUUAACCUAUCUGGAUUUCUCAUACACGACUUCCGUGCGGGAUCCGGGCGUUCUAUCAUCUUUAUCUCAACUUGAGCACCUGCAGGUGCUGAAAUUGCGCGGUAUUGGCCUGAAAGACCCCGAUGCCGAGUUCCUGGCCAACGCCAUCGGGAAACGAGUUCGAGUUUUGGAUUUGCGUAAUAAUAUGCUCACCGACAUGGCCGUUCGCUCGCUGCUUCAGGCCUCUUUCUUAUCCCCAAAUCAGCGGUCACAGCAGCCCCGACAUCUUAGACGUACUGGAGCCUCGCCAGACCCUGUCAUCCAGUCGGCCCUUCGAGGCAUUGGGUCGGAUUUUUUGAGAUCGCCCUACCUAGAUGAGCAGUACCUGAAGUUCCUAGCGAGUCAAUCCACCAGACACCCCUGGGUUGAUUACUUGCCGUCUGUGGGUAUCACCCAUCUCUAUAUCGCAAACAACAAUAUCAGCGUCGAGGGUGUGGCAGCCCUCUUGGCCUCUUCAAACCUCUAUGCCCUUGAUGUCGGAACAGUGAAAAGCGCAGAUAUCAUACAUAAACAGGCGCAGCCUCUAAAUAAUUGGAAAUAUCCUGGUGCUGAGAAGCUUGUUCCUCUUUUGGGAAAGAUUGCUGGAAACAAGUUGACUUAUUUCCGCGCCCAUCAUGCAGUGCUUACUACUGAGCCCCCCUUGAAAGAUUUUGGCCCCACGUCUGAGUUUCUCCCAGAGCUUGGGACCAGCCAAGUGUCUCCACAUGUUGAGCUAGACGCUUCAGAAGAAGCUCGAAUCUAUGAGCUUCCCGAGGACGAAGCACCAAUCUACGAACUAGCAGAUACGUCUUUUACUGAGUCUACAAGUACAGCGGCGAGUACCAGGCCGGCUCAAAAUCAAGAGACGACAGCCCUAUAUGACGAAAAACCUUCACCUACUGUCAGACGGGGAUCAGCCUUCGCUCCUGAGGUCGUUCAGACUAUGCCAAAUGGACACGUUACCCAACCAGCCUACUGCGAGAGUCCUAGUGACAUUGACUCUCUUCAGACACUUCCACUCUGCAGUUCUCCCGUUUCAUCAGAUGAUCCUCGUGCCCAAAGAAUCCAAGAGCUCCUAGCGAAACGCCCACGAAACCAAUCCCUUCCACUACGCGGCGGCAAAGAAAGCCGAUUUCCCUACCUACACCCCUCACACAUACCCCACUGUGAAACAUUAGUCCUAACAGAUAUUCCAUCGCAUAUCCCGCCCAAUUCCCCAAUACUAUAUACCCUCACCCGCUUCAUCACAGCCUGCUCCAACGAAGCACUUCUCGCAACCCUCCAAGCUGGUUCGGAUUAUUCCCUCCCGCCAGGCCAAGACCGCUACCAAGCUGAGCAGCAGCGCUCCCGCUCUAUUUUUGGUCUCCGGCGCAUCAUUCUCGAAGUCACCGACACUUCUACCAGACUUACAUCAUGGAAACCAGCGAACCAGCGCAAUGGAACCACAAUCUCCAGCACAGGAGAUCGUGACUCAGAGGCCCUAUGGUCCGCUGCUACAGAUGACUUUAGCUUCUUCGGCGAAGAGGAAUGCGGCAUUCCCGAUAGUGACCCGGGAAAGUACUUCCCCAUGGCAGUACUUAAUGAGAAAGUCUCGCUUUCACCCUCGGACGACAGGUCUCCCUCUCCCUCUGGUACCGAGUCAUCUUUUAUCGACGGUAAUCAAUCGCGGCAGAGGGCUACGUCAACUGGAUCCCAUAAAACGGACGCAGGCAAACAGCGGCAGCUUUUGCAGAAUGUUGAUCUUAUAGCGCAAUUGGCUGCUUUUCGCCGUGAGAAGAAGACCGAGUAUGAGCAGCUUUUACGGCGAGAGAGAGGACGGCGGAGUACGAGUGGGACUGAAGUAUCGAGUAUAUUCUCAACGCCUUCGGCGCAGGGAUCUAUGGCGCAUUUUGUGGAGGGGCAUUGGAAGGGGGAGCUUAAGGUUGUGAGGAAUCCGAUGCCUAGGGUCCGUAGUGGAGUUGUCGAUAUGUAUGGCAACUACUUUGAGAAGGGAUACCUAUAUCCCUAA